UAGAUGCUUGUUUCCUACUACGAUUCAAAACUAGGCGAAGAGUCUGUCUCUCCCUUCUUUGCAGGGCGAGAGAUUAGUAAAAGCUCCAUUACUACAUUACCCUGAGAGUCGAGUUUCUGUCUCUGUCUAGGGUUUCAUUUCAAAGAUGUUUGGAUUUGGAGCAUCACCGGGGUUUGGUACCCCAUCAACACCAUCAUUCUCACCUGGUGGUUUUGGCUCUUCUUCCCUUUUCUCCACACCACAAACUCAACAACAAUCACCAUUCAAUCUUCAACAACAACAACAAACGAGUACUCCUACUCCUGGUUUUGGUUUUCAAACACCACAAUCACAAAAUCAACCAUCUUUUGGUUUUCAAACACCACAAACACAACAAACACCAAAUCAACAAUCACCUUUUGGUUUCCUUAAUCAAUCAACAGCUCCUAUUCCUCAAUUUCAACCUCAAUUAAUUACUCAAAUGGCUCCUGUUGCCCCUCUUCCUUAUUCUCUCCCUGAUCGUGAUAUCCAGGCAAUUGUUGAUGCGUAUAAAGAAGAACCAGGAAACCCUAAGUAUGCAUUUAAGCAUUUGUUGUUCAGUGUGACGGAUCCAGCUGCAAGGAUUAAACCUGCUGGAGUGUCGGAUAUUAUGUGGGCAGAGGCUAUGGCAAAAUUAGAAGGAAUGGAGAGUGCUGACCGCGAACAAUUAUGGCCACAGCUUGUUCUUAGUUUCAAGGAUCUGUCUGCACGCCUUAAGCUUCAAGAUGAAGUUAUACUUUCUGAUGCAGAGAGGCUUCGGAUGACCCAAAGCAAUGUAAAAAUGCUUCAGAGACAUUUUCAAGCAGAUACUCUUCCAACUAUACAAAGAAUGCAGCAGAAAGAACAAAGUCUUCAAAGAAGGCUUUUGAGGUUAAUGAGAAUACUAGAAGCCUUGGAGGGUAAGGGCUGUCGCCUGCCUUUAAUGAAGGGUGAAGCUGAAUUAGCUGAAAAAAUAGCUGCAAUCAUUAGACAGGUGAGAGGAUCAGGUGCAGAACUGUCAAGGAGGGUUCACAAUCUGCUCUCGAUGUCUCGUGUUCAAGCAAAUGGGACUGGUGGAGGUUCUGUUUAUCUUCCUGGAUCAACCAAGAUACACGAAGAGAGUCUUGCUGACAUGCAAGAGGUUCUGCAGCAGCAAACAGAGGCAAUUGCACGGCUAGGAAAUGUUUUGAAACGAGACAUGAGGGAUGUUGAAAUCAUAAUGGCCGAGGACACAGAAAUGACAGAAUAAGGUGGUGACAAAAAGGAAUGUGGCACAUCCAGCCAGCCGAAUACAUUUUUGUCACUGUUGAUUUUUUUAGUGAUUUGGAAGGCGAACCUUUUGUCAUAGUUGGCUUUACCUCCCCAUAUUGUGUUGUCUAACAUGUUACUGGUUGUGAACACCUAAAUCCAUUAAGAGAGUUGUCUCAUUUCUGACU